GAUGGAAAAAACAUUAUAAUAGAGGGAAAUCAUAUCAAUAUCAUAUUGUAAAGUUUAGAGAAAAAGAUAAGAGAAACAGCACUCUGAUUAGAUGAUCACAGAUAUCUGAAAAUACAUUAUUCCCUCAGCUUAGUUGUAAUAAACAGUCUGCUGAACCGUUUUACAUGAAAUAACAAUAGAAUAGAAACUAAUACUGAGUUUGGAGUCAUUGUGCAGGUUCACAUGUCAUGAUGGUUCUCAGCUCUCAGUCAUGUUCUUUAUUCUGACAGAGACACAAUCAUUCCAACAGAUGUUUUGACUCCUGUCAUCAAUAAUGAAAUGAACUAGAGCUGAAAACUAUCCGACUAACACUGAACCAAACUUAAUAUGAACAAACACACACACAUACCCAGAAACCAACAUGGCAGCAAUGAACUGACACCUGGCUCUGUGAGCAGUCCACAGUCAGUAAGUGAAAUACUCAGUAAGUAAAAUUUCCCGGGCUGUUGUAUCUUCUUUGCUUGCAGAAAUCAACUGCCUGGUGCUGGAUGUGAGUCUCACAGCGUCUGAGGUUUUACUUUCUCAGCAAAGUGGUUCCACAAAGGGUUUAUAUCUUGAUGCUUCAUGUGAAAAAUGCAACAUCUACUGGCCUGAAUGUAAAAUGAGUGAAUACAAAUGUUUCUAUGUCACAAAUUGAAUAGUUAUCUACUGAAAUGCGCAUGCGCACCAGCCUCUCCUGACCUGUCCUGUGUUGUAAUACCACUUUGUGACUGUUGACGCUGUGUGAGUCAGUAGAGCAUCAAGUCUGCCCUCAGUCCCACGAAGAAGAACAACUUCCGGCAGAGCUUGAAGUUAGCAUCACAGAAACACAGGAAUGGCUGAAUCUCCUAAAAGACGAUAUUCAUCUGCGUCCUGAAGCACCGCUCCCGACAAGAAACCACGUUCAACGGCAAAGAAAAGAAGCGACAGAGUAAAUCUGGAUGUGUCUUCCCGCCGCUAGAGAAGCUCUGAGAGGAAAGAGAUGCGGUUUGAUGCCGAGCUCGCAACUUUCCUGUUAGCCUGGAGCUUUCAUCAUCCCUCUGUCUUCAUCAGGACCUGAGCCAGUACAGGUGCAAUACCGCCUCCACCUGUCUCACCUACGGCAGAGAGUCCAGACACAGUGAGGAGGGUCCAGGACCAGAAGUCCAGUCUAAUCACCAAUGAUGAACCAGCACCUGCCUUUUCUUCUGCAUCUGGCCUCAUCAAUCAUCAACCACAUGACAUCAACACCUUGAGCUUUGAUAGUGAUGGCAGAAUCCACCUCGGCCCAGAACCACACCUUGCACAACCCAGCAAGAAACGGUCCCUGGCUAUUAUUUCAUGAAUGAAUGAUCUAGUGGAAAAUUUCUCACACAGCGUCUCAGAACCCACAGAGAUUCUUACUGACUGCCAACGUAAACUCAAAUCUACCCUGAAGAAGAAGUUCCAGUGUGUGUUUGAGGGGAUCUCUAAAGCAGGAAACCCAACCCUUCUGAACCAGAUCUACACAGAGCUCUACAUCACAGAGGGAGGGACUGGAGAGGUCAAUGAUCAACAUGAGGUCAGACAGAUUGAAACAGCAUCCAGGAAACCAGUCAGACCAGAAACAACCAUCAGACAAGAAGACAUCUUUAAAGCCUCACCUGGAGGAGACGGACCAAUCAGAACAGUGAUGACAAAGGGAGUGGCUGGCAUUGGGAAAACAGUCUUAACACAGAAGUUCACUCUGGACUGGGCUGAAGACAAAGACAACCAGGACAUACAGUUCACAUUUCCAUUCACCUUCAGAGAGCUGAAUGUGCUGAAAGAGAGAAAGUUCAGCUUGGUGGAACUUGUUCAUCACUUCUUUACUGAAACCAAAGAAGCAGGAAUCUGCAGGUUUGAUCAGUUCCAGGUCGUGUUCAUCUUUGACGGUCUGGAUGAGUGUCGACUUCCUCUGGACUUCCACAACACUGAGAUCCUGACUGAUGUUACAGAGUCCACCUCAGUGGACGUGCUGCUGACAAACCUCAUCAGGGGGAAACUGCUUCCCUCUGCUCGCCUCUGGAUAACCACACGACCUGCAGCAGCCAAUCAGAUCCCUCCUGAGUGUGUUGACAUGGUGACAGAGGUCAGAGGGUUCACUGACCCACAGAAGGAGGAGUACUUCAGGAAGAGGUUCAGAGAGAAGAAGCAGGCCAGCAGCAUCAUCUCCCACAUCAAGACAUCACGAAGCCUCCACAUCAUGUGCCACAUCCCAGUCUUCUGCUGGAUCACUGCUACAGUUCUGGAGGAGGUGUUGAAAACCAGAAGGGAGGAGAGCUGCCCAAGACCCUGACUGAGAUGUACAUCCACUUCCUGGUGGUUCAGACCAAACUGAAGAAGGUCAAGUAUGAUGGAGGAUCUGAGACAGAUCCACACUGGAGUCCAGAGAGCAGGAAGAUGAUUGAGUCUCUGGGAAAACUGGCUUUUGAGCAGCUGCAGAAAGGAAAGCUGAUCUUCUAUGAAUCAGACCUGACAGAGUGUGGCAUCGAUAUCAGAGCAGCCUCAGUGUACUCAGGAGUGUUCACACAGAUCUUUAAAGAGGAGAGAGGCCUGUACCAGGACAAGGUGUUCUGCUUCGUCCAUCUGAGUGUUCAGGAGUUUCUGGCUGCUCUUCAUGUCCAUCUGACCUUCAUCAAGUCUGGACUCAAUCUGAUGUCAGAAGAACAAUCAACCUCCUGGUUAUCUAAAGUCUUCAGGGACAAGCCUGAACCAACACUCUUCUACCAGAGAGCUGUGGACGAGGCCUUACAGAGUCCAAAUGGACACCUGGACUUGUUCCUCCGCUUCCUCCUGGGUCUUUCACUGCAGACCAAUCAGACUCUCCUACGAGGUCUGAUGACACAGGCAGGAAGUGGCUCAGAGACCAAUCAGGAAACAGUCCAGUACAUCAAGAAGAAGAUAAAUAAGAAUCUGUCUCCAGAGAAAAGCAUCAACCUGUUCCACUGUCUGAAUGAACUGAAUGAUCGUUCUCUAGUGGAGCAGAUCCAACAGUCCCUGAGAUCAGGACGUCUCUCCACAGAUAAACUGUCUCCUGCUCAAUGGUCAGCUCUGGUCUUCAUCUUACUGUCCUCAGAAGAAGAUCUGGACGUGUUUGACCUGAAGAAAUACUCUGCUUCAGAGGAGGCUCUUCUGAAGCUGCUGCCAGUGGUCAAAGCCUCAAAUAAAGCUGUACUGAGUGGCUGUAACCUCUCAGAGAGAAGCUGUGAAGCUCUGUCCUCAGUCCUCAGCUCCCAGGGGACAUGAGUGAAACUCUUCAGGGCAUCAUAUAACAUCAUAUUUCCCAGGAUGAUAAACACAACAUUUCAGUCAGACAGACUCAUCAGACAUGAACUCUGUUUCUCCUCCUCUCUGCUUUGGCAGCAGAAACAGUCUGACAUCACUUUCACUUUUUCUUCACAACAGUUUGUUCAUCAUCAGAGAGAAACUAAAACAUUCACUCUAUAGUAAAGACAAAUAUAAUAAUUCUGCUGAGAGAGCUGAUCCCCCCCGAACAAACACACAUGAACAUUAAAUCUGAGUUCAGUCAACAACAUGAAGAACCACGUCCGGAGGUUUGGGUGGUGGAGGAUCUGCAGCAGUAAACAGUGUUGACAUGAGUGUAACCAGCGGAGACACUGACUGUGUCCACAGUGUUCAAAUGUCCACGCUGUACACCUGCAUGAAUAUGAUUGGAUGUUACUGGUGACACAGCUGUGAAGGAGCCAAUGAAUGUGAAAAACACUAGAAACAGCUGAUACCAAUCAACCAAUACAACUAUGACUUCAGUUCAGUGUCUGAACCAACACAAAGCUUCAUUAGUGUCAGCGACAGUGGUGAACAUCUAAUGCUGGUGUGUGUGUGUGUGUGUGUGUGUGUGUGUGUGUGUGUGUGUGUGUGUGUGUGUGUGUGUGUGGUGUGUGUGUGUGUGUGUGUGUGUGUGUGUGUUCAGUCUGUCAGGAUGAGGAAGGCUGUUCUUCUCUGGCCUCAGCUCUGAGCUCCAGCCCCUCCCAUCUGAGAGAGCUGGACCUGAGCUACAAUCAUCCAGGAGACUCAGGAGUGAAGCUGCUGUCUGCUGGACUGGAGGAUCCACACUGGAGACUGGAGACUCUCAGAUUCCUGUGAACUGGAACUGGACACAAACACAGUGAACAGAAACCUCAAACUGUCUGACAACAACAGGAAGGUGACAUGGGUGACAGAGUAUCAGUCAUAUCCUGAUCAUCCAGACAGGUUUGACCUUUGGCCUCAGCUGCUGUGUUCAACUGGUCUGACUGGUCGCUGUUACUGGGAGGUCGAGUGGAGAGUAGGGGUUCAUAUAUCAGUGAGUUACAGAGGAAUCAGAAGGAAAGGAAACAGUGAAGACUGUGUGUUAAACUCUGUUAAGAAGGGGGAAGAGGGAGAUAACAGACAGAGAUAAAAUGAACAACCCGGAAAAUAAAAGUCAUUACAGGAAGAGAAAAAGGUUUGAAGAUUGAAAGAUGUGACUGAUAGUUUGUAACAACAGCAGAAGCUCCAUCACAUGGAGGUGGACUCCCUCAGGGAGGUGGUGGUGAGACAACUUCAGCAAAACAUUAAAGUAUGAAACCUUUGGAAAAGUUUGACGUGUUUUCAGAACAGUAGCGAGUUCUCAACGGCUUUGUCUUUUACAUCAGAUUCAGACUUUGUAGAGAAAUGUUCUCUUUGAAAUGAACCUUGAACUUCAUCUUUUCAACAUCUCAAUAUUUGUGAUUCCCCCGUCCUGCUUCCUUCGCUGUUUUUGAUUCCUCUUGCUGUAAUUGCCAUGAUUUUAUGUUGAUCUAUCUGAAUGUAUUUAUUGGCUCAGCAGCGCCCUCUAAUGGAGGUAAUAGAUAUAUGACACUGGCAGCUUUGAGACAUGGCCAGUUCUUGACAGAUUUCUGCAAUGAGUUGCCAAGCAACAGCACGGUGUGCAAAUAUUGUGUAUUAAUGUCUGUAUGUAACACGUAUAAACAUGUAUGUGCACUGUGAUUUGUAGAAAUGUUCAUGAGAAGAGUUACGAGUGCGUCGCUGUACUUUUAAAGUCCUGAAAUGUUUUUAUAAAACAGCAUAUCACACUUGAAGCUAGCUAGUUAGCCUCUGUGCUAAAAUAACUUGCUCUUGUUUUAUAGAGUGCUGAGUGAGAGUCACAUGUAUGACUGACCAGGACAUAGUCUGUUUCUCUUCAGGUAAUAACCGGCGCCACAUGAAGAUAAACAGGCCUCCCACUCCUCAGAGGGGAGGGGUCACCUGAUCCCGCCAGUCACAGUGAAGUGCAGCAGAGCGGGGUCACAGCUGCGCAAUGCGCAAAAAAAAAAAAACAUUUUUGCAAAUUUUGGGCAGAUAUUACGAUUUCAGUUGGAAUGGUAGUUUUUGCAUUUUCACUGAAAGAAAUAUGAAAUUGAUUUUUGUUGGUCUUGUACCAAACAAUCAUGUUCCUUUAUGAUCUGUAGGUCGAGGCGUCUCCGUAGCACCACAACACUGAUGGUGCUAACAAUGCUAAUGCUAACAAUAAUGUAACACAUUUUACCUACAUCAAAAAAAAAUUUGGAUUUGGAUGUUGCACAUAGUGGCCCUCAUUUAUCAAUCUUGCGUGAAAACAGGCGCAGAUCUGAGCGCAGAAUUGGUCGUACGAUAUGAUCCACGUGUGAUUCAUGAAACAUUCGUAUCUAAAUGAUCGGGUCUUGAUAAAUGCGGCGGCUGAAUUCGAUCGUCAUUAACAUGUUACGCCCUUAAAUAUUCCUGGUUCGGAGGCCCCGCCCACUAAGGUCAAACAUGGAGAGAAGAGUUACUGGCAAAAAACGAAACUUUUCAGAGAUGGAGAUCGACAUCCUGACAUCCGAGGUGGCGCAAAAUAAGGAUGUGCUUUUUGUCAGUCUGAAGAGCGGGAUCACAGGAGCUCAUAAAGCCGCUGUGUGGAAGAGGGUGACGGAGAUGAGUUUGGCUCUGCAGCGCCGCCUCCUGCAGCCGCGCGCCAACACAGCUGUUUGAAAAAUAAAAGAAUCGUGUGUGUCCCGGUCACCUGGCCACCACGUUUAAGAGUGAGAGCUUGGCAUCACAAAUCACCUGUACAUUUAUAGAGUGGUAGUUUUUGCGAUUGAUGAAUGCGUAAUCAUUCAUGGAUGGUGCCUUCAGACGCACGUGAGUGAAAUCAAUUGCUCCAACCAAAUUUGGAAACCCAGCAAUCUGGAGAUCCCUGCGGUCUCUGAACACGCGCUCACGUCUGACACGCGCGUAUUGUUCCUCCAAAACGAGUAAAUCUGCCAUCGUUAUGAUUUGAUAACUGUCAAAGCAUCUGUUUAAAUAAGGGAGUGAGUAAACAUCUGGCCAACCACAGUGCAACAAUGAUUAUCUCACCAGAUGUUUAAUUGUUGUUCCAGUUGUGUCACACCCAUCGGAAAAAACCAUAAACAAUUACACAAUUUUGCCAUGAGUUCAUUUGCAAACACACAUUUCUGCUUGUAUUUAUUAUUAUUUCAAAUUUUAAUGUGCAAUAAUUACAUGUCAUGUUUGGCUAUUUAGCCUCUCAUAUUGUUUUAUUGUACAAAAAAGUGGUAUCAGUAAAAAACGAGGGCUUUUUUAAAAUUUAAAUUUUCUUUAUCUUGUUUUAUUCGUUUUAAGAAUCCGUUUUGAUCUGUUCUAAAUAUGUGACUGUUUAUUUUGAGGUUUGUUUAAUAAUUCUUUUCAGACUCAGCCAGAUUUUGCUGCUGCACCGCAAAUCCAGAUUUGCGUACACGAGCUCAGACCUGACGUGAGAUCUGAUCGUAGCGUCCGCUCACGUCCAAAUUGAUAAAUGCCGAAGCUUGCGUGGAAACGGACGUACGCACGGUUUUCUGCCGCACGUUCGUUUGAUAAAUGAGGGCCAGUGUGAUUUCAAUGUUAUUGUGAUUAAUUGUGCAGCUCUAACAAAAGUGCAAAAAUGAUCAUGAAAGAAACAUUGUGAUCAGUUUGAUUGUAAAUUGUGAAACCAUUAAUAAAAUACUGAGACGCAAUAGACUAAGAAAGUGAUAACACUGUAUUUAAAGUCACUUCACAGCUGAUCAUAUGAAGUUUAAAAGGUGAAACACUUUAACUGAGCAGCCAGACAUUAUAACGAAGCCUGUUCUCUGCAGGUCCAGCAGCUUGACUCUGGCACAAACUCACAUUCUCAACAUUUGCAAAACAAACAGCAGAAGCCUGUUGUUAUUCCUCUGUUAGGAAAAUGUCAGUGUGAGUCCAACAGUCAAACACCUGUGCGGCUUCACGCAUUUGAAUAUGUUGUAUAUUAGCAGCAGCUGCAGCCGUGUUUUGCAUGUUGGUGUCUCUGAUCACAGAAAGAUAAGAUGCACAGCGUGAGCUUCAUCACUGUUGUUGUGCAGCUGCUCUCAUGUCACGGCCUCCAGACACUCUGCAAAUCACCCCAGUCAAAUGAGAGCUCUACGUCAUCACCUACGGUGGCCUCAGAGGCUCAGCAUGAGACACGUGUGGUCACAGCAACCUGACCAUGGAGCUCUGAUGACGUCAUUGUCAGAGUACUUGCUUUAUUCGAUGUGUAUUUAUUUAAUUGUCUAAACGUUAUUGAGACAGGUGAGCUGUCACUCAGACGGUUCAAUCAGCUCAUUUGAAAAGAUGAUUGACAUUCUGUUUGAGCCAAUGAGCGUUCAGCUCAGACUGCAGCCUCUCUAUAAGAAGCUCAGUCUCUGCUCCGUGGUCUGCAGGUGUUUUCCUGCCACCUCCGGUGUGUCAGCGUCCCGCCCUUUGCAGGUUCUGAUCCGGUGGAGGCGGGUUUUCUCAUGUGAAGCUCACUGUCCACCAGGAGACAUGACAGCCGGGAGCCCGGUGCCGUCACCGGACUCCUCCCGGAACAAGAGCCAAGCGGCGGAAGACCCGCAGGUCCCGGUUCUCCUGCUGCGGGACAUGAACCUGUGUUACCGGCUGCUGCGGCAGCUGGUGCCCGGGGUGCCGCCCGGACGCGCCGCCAGCAGGGUGGAGAUCCUGCAGCAUGUCAUCGACUACAUCCUGGACCUGCAGACCGAGCUGGACGCCUCCUGCCCGCCCGCAGACCGAGGAGAACCGCACCGCUGUGACCGGCGACAGCAGCGCGCACAGCGGACACAGAGCGGCCAGAGCGCCGGUGUCGAGACCCACACCUGCCAGGAGCCUGAUUCGACCUGACGUCACCACAGAUACUGAGUCGUCCUUCUCUGGACUCGGUGUCGGUCUUGUCUGAACUGGACGAGGAGGCGAUCUGAUCUUGUUUGUUUGCAUCAUCACAGAAACCUCGGCCACUCAGAAUCACAACCUUUGAUCCGAGUCUGAUUUGGAUCAAGUCUGGAUUGAAUCUGUUAAACUCGGACUUUGAGACUGGAGAUGUGAGCUGGACCUGAGAUUUAGUUUUGACUUCAGAAUUCCUUUAACUUCCUUUCUAUUGUCCUGCACUUCCUGCUUGAUUGUCAAAAUAAGACUCACAACUAGGACACAUCAGAGCUCAGCUGACACAAAUCAACCUUUACUGUGACAGUUCAUCGUUUUCCACCAUGAUUAUUUUUAACUCUCACUCUGGUGCUGCGUUCACUUACACUGGGAAGUCAGAGCUGGGAGUGACAACACACCUAAGCUGAUCGCGCUCUCGAACAGUCAGGACCUUGUUGUUGUUGUUGUUGUUGUCGUUAACAGAACCAGUUGAUAACAACAUUACACCGUAGCAACAUGUCCCCAGACAGUUCUGUGUGUGCGGCAGCGGCCAUCUUGGAUUUCAGGGUUGGGGAUUCAUUGUUUGGUGUUUAGACUUCCCUGUUGAAGGGGAACGCAUCAUGAAAUCUGCCACCACAGAAGAAGAGAGCUUCACAGCUUUGACUCUUCAAAAUAAAAGUCUAGAGAAAUAUGUUGGUCCUUUUUUAAAUUAUCUGUUCAUCUUCUGUUGUUGUGGUUUUGCAGGAAUUAUGGGAAAUUCUUUCUGCUGCAAAUCAAAACAGUAUUUUGAUAUUUUUAGUUGACUCAUAGUUUGAACUCAAAAUUCUCAGUUUGGUCAAAGGUUUUUACAAUUUAAACUCUGCAACCUGAAAUCUGCUGCCACAGGAGGAGGAAAUAUUCAUAUCUUUUCAACGUUAAAGUCUACAGUGUGAUCUCAUGUAUUUUGAUUUUUUUGGUUUUAUUUUGUGUUAAAUUACUACGACACAUUCUGCAAAAAAAGUCCCACAUUUAAAUAUUUUCUUUGACUUCAGCGGUGGAGUGUAAGGCACAGCCUGUUGCACUUUUAUACUGAAAAGAAAAUUACAAGAUUGAAUAGUUAUUUUUUGACACAUUUGUACAUAUGUCUGAAAUUCAAAUAAAAAAAAUUCACCAAAUA